UUGGAAAUUUUAGAAGCAAAGCGUGAGCAUGCUGGUGUUUGGUCAUGCCAAGCAACAAAUGCUGCCGGUACGACGGAGCACGAAAUGACUUUAGACAUUUGGACACCUCCGACAGUCUUCAUUCAUCCGGAAGACAAUGUUCGAGCAGUGGAUAGCGCCGUAAUGAUGCAGUGCCAGGCUACGGGAAAUCCUGAACCUUCGCUUUCGUGGAGCAAAGAUGGCCAACCUCUGAUCACUUCUGCUGACGGAGCGAGAAUAUCGAUGAAAGGAGCACGCCUGGAUAUUCCUCGAUUGAAGCCAACACAUGUUGGCGAAUACACGUGUACGGCGAUAAAUGAAGUGGGCACAUCAGUUGCUACCGUACACGUUGAUGUUUUAGUACCACCAGUGAUCACUCGAGACAAUAUCGAGAUGAGUCCUCGGCUACCUACCGCACAGACGUUGACGUUGUUAUGCGAUGUGACCGGAAAACCGUUCCCAGAGAUACACUGGUAA